UACACGACAUCGAGAUUAUCGCUCUACCAUAGUGAAAACACCCACAAUUCAAACUGUAUUACCAUUGCAGUAACACCGCCCCCAAAACAAAGGAAAGGAAAUGCGAGUGACUUCAAACGUUAUGACGACUGUGUCGCGUGAGGAAAGACGCACUUGUUUCGUGUUCAUCUUGGUUAUUAACCAAAACGGAAACAUGGCGGGUAGUAUUGGAAAUCAGGCUGCCCAGGCAGCACAGUGGGCCCAGCAGUAUAGCACACUUGGCUCUCAAGAUGGUGGUGCUGAGACUCCAAUGCAUGAGAAUCCUGAAUGGGAGAAGGCACGGCAGGCGCUGGCAAGUAUCAGCAAAGGGAAUGUAACAGGGGCCGGCGGUAACAAAGAGUCUGCCUCCUCCCAGAAGACAAUGCAGGCUUCCCAGUAUGCAGCUCAGCCUGGAGAUCCAUCAGCCUUGCAGCAGCAGCAAUAUUACCAGUGGUAUCAACAGCAACAGCAGUAUAACUAUGCUUACUCGUACAACUAUUAUUAUCCGUUGAACAUGUACAGUGGAUACAGUGCUCCUGGUCAGUAUGGUGUACCUGGUUCAUAUCCAGCUUCUGCUCAGCAACAGCAGGGAGCCCCAGUACAGCACCAAGGAAAUCCUAUACAGCCUCCCAUACCGGGAAUGGAUGAUGGCAUAUCUUAUUCCACUGUACAGUCGCAGCCAACCACACCAACAACUCCACAGUCACCCCAGCAGAACCACACAGUGGCACUCUCCAACCAACAAGGCACAGGUGGAGGAUCACAGCAUCCUCUUCAAAGUUCAUCCAGUAGUUCAUCCAUGCAUCAGCCUCCUUCCUAUAAUCAAACCUCACACACUUAUGCAGACUCACCUAAACAAAAGAAAGGACAGCUCUGGAAUCGAAUGAAACGUAAGUUCGUUUUCUCUUAA